CCAGGAGACAAGCCUGUGUACGGGAGGUGUUAUGUUACCUGAUGCAAUCUGUGUUUUCCCUGCUGGCAUUUCCAGUUCACAUCAAUAAAACUGUUGUUUGUGAAAAUCUUAAACAACGAGACUCUGCACUGAGUGCAGCCACUCCAGCCCAAAGCAGAUCACCCUGGACAGUCCUCCCCUCUGAUGACGCAUCGAUCACAUCGCGCAUGCUCCCAUUCCCGGAUGUGCGGUGUUUUCCCUUCUAUUCUUUGUUGAAUAGGUUUUGGGGUCAGAAAAAGACCCCCGGGCGGGGAGCAGGAGGAUGGAUCACUCACUGCGGGGUGAAGAUAUAACUUUCCCAUCGGGUAUCACCGGCAGGUGGAGCUUUCCUUCUCUGGGACCAAAGUGCGAACAAGAGGACGACAAUCAACAAUCCUGUCACAAUCAGCAUGGACAGAGGUAGGACAUUGAAACGAGUAGGCAAAGUACUGAAGAGGUGUUUACGAGGCGGAUCAUCGGGGAAAGAUGAUCGGGACACAGGAAUCAAGAUACCGAAGCAGGGUCAGAUUGAGAGCGAUGCCCCAGGAUGCAGUACCCCCACAGCGGAAGUGGAGAAAAUGCAGCCCAGAGACACCAAUCAGGCAACUGGAACCAGCACAAGUGAGGCGACUGCCUGUCAGCCAAGAGUCAGUGACAUCACAGACACUGAUCAGGACCCUGGAACCAGCACAAGUGAGGCGACAGCCUGUCAGCCAAGAGUCAGUGACAUCACAGACACUGAUCAGGACCCUGGAACCAGCACAAGUGAGGCGACUGCCUGUCAGCCCGGAAGCUCAUUGAACACGGAAUGGUCAAGUCCCCAACACGGAGCAAAGCCAGAGUUUACAAUCUCCGACCUCCUGGCAGUGGGGGAGGAAUAUCGACUCUACCAACUGACAAAGUUCUAUAGAGACAGACUCAAACAAGCAAUUGAAGAAAAGGUUGAAAGACUCGGUUGGAUGUUGACAAACGAGGGACAUUUCAGUAGAGAAGAAAAUGAGAAAGUCACUGAACUGACAGAGAAAGGAAACCGGACAGAGAGUUCCAGACUCUUCCUCAGUUUGGUGAUGGACAAAGGCUCCCGGGCCCGGAGAGUGAUGUGGGAAUCCUUUGUGACAUGGAGGACUGAGUUACCAAAGUUGGACAGAAUACUGAGGGAAAUACAGGAGCUCGGUCCUGAUCCACAGGAAUACAUGAACAUCGCCCAAGGUUUAUCUGAAUUACCCACUCAGCUGAUAGGUGUUCAUCAGAAACACAAGGAGACUCUGCGGGCACAAACUGAAACACUGAGAGUGAACACGAUCCUGAUGAGGGAGAAGGUGAAGGUUUUCCAGCUGGUUGAUCGAUACGCUGAGCUCACGGUCAUUUCUACAGUUCGAGAUCGGAGACUGGUGGAACACGAGCUGCUGGCAAGAGGCAGAGACCACGAGGAGUGUAGAGAGAAACAUCUCCGCGGAGAGCUGGAAAAAAUCCGGACUGAUCAGUUGAUCCAGAGCAGCUUUUCCCGGAGUAAAUCCAAAUCUGGAAGUUCAGCAGCAGUGGCGGGAGUCCCAGGGAUCGGGAAAACAACAAUGGUACAAAAGAUUGUUUAUGACUGGGCCACGGGGAAAAUAUACCAACAAUUCCAGUUUGUCUUCAGUUUCAAAUUCCGGGAUUUAAACACCAUUAACUGCAGAACAAACCUGAGGGAACUGAUUCUGGAUCAGUAUCCUUACUUCGGGAAUAUCCUGAGAGAGGUCUGGAAGAACCCAGAGGGAUUGUUGUUUAUAUUCGAUGGUUUGGAUGAAUUCAAGCACAGAAUCGAUUUUGCUGACAGUCGGAGAGAUACAGAACCCAAGCACCAGUGCCCAGAUCCCGAGUGGUGGUGUGAAGUGUCUGACAUUGUGUAUAGUUUAAUCCAGGGCAAGCUGCUCCCAGGGUGUUCAGUGCUGGUGACAACCCGCCCCACUGCGUUACAGUUAUUGGAAAAGGCAAAGAUCGGUGUCUGGGCUGAAAUCCUGGGAUUUGUUGAUGAGGAACGGAAGGAAUAUUUCAUCAGACAUUUUGAAGAACAGACGGUGGCGGAAGCUGUUUUCAAUUAUGUGAAGGAGAACGAGAUCCUGUACACCAUGAGCUACAACCCCUCCUACUGCUGGAUCCUUGCUCUGGCACUGGGCUCCUUCUUCAUACAAAGAGUCAGGGACCCGCAACGAGUUCCCAAGACCAUCACCCAACUGUACUCCUACUAUAUUUACAACAUCCUGAAAAGCCACGGCCGUAAGAUUGAGAACCCCCGUGAUGUGUUACUCAGGGUUGGUGAGAUGGCCUUCAGAGGAGUGUCCGGGAAGAAGAUUGUGUUUACAGAUGGAGAUUUGAUCAAGUACAAUCUGCAGCCUUCACAGUUCCUGUCCGGGUUCGUGAUGGAGCUUUCGGAGAGAGAGGAUUCUGGCCUGAGUGUGGUGUACACAUUCCCACACCUCACUAUCCAAGAGUUUGUAGCUGCAGUCGCACAAUUCCUGACUAUACAUCCCGGGGAUAUCCUGAAAUUCCUCACUGAAGCCCACAACACGACAGAUGGGCGAUUUGACAUAUUUCUCCGUUUUAUUGCUGGUCUCUCCUCACCAAUGACAACUCGGUGCCUGGAGGAGUUUCUGGGCCCAUUUCCUCAUGAAACAACCUGCCGAGUGAUUGAUUGGGUGAGGGAGGAGUUUAAACGCCAGAGAGGAAACACUGGGAGUGAAGCUGGUAAAAGGAGACUCCUGAACGCAUUGCACUAUCUGUUUGAGUCUCAAAAUCGUGGACUGGCUCAGGAAACACUGGGAUCUGUGGAAGUACUUUCAUUCCGUGAAAUGCCACUGACCCCGAUUGACUGCGUGGUCCUGUCUCAUGUCAUUGGACUCUGUGAUACCAUAAAACACCUCUGUUUUUGGAACUGCCGCAUUCAGUUUGAAGGAAUACAGCGGCUGGGAUCCGUGCUACACAAGUGUCAGGAGUUGAGACUUGGGGGGAAUGACCUGGGAGAUUCAGGAGUGAAACUGGUGUCUGAGGCUCUGAGGAACCCGGAAUGUAAAAUACAGAAACUGCGGUUGAACGAUGUCGGUCUCACAGAUUCUGGUGCUGAGGAUUUCGCCUCCGCUCUCAGUACAAACCGAACACUGACGGAGCUGAACCUGAGUGUUAAUAAACUGGGAGAUUCAGGAGUGAAACUGGUGUCUGCGGCUCUUGGAAACCCGGAGUGUAAAAUGCGGAAACUGUGGCUUUGGAAUGUUGGUCUCACGGAUUCUGGUGCCGAGGAUCUCGUCUCGGCUCUCCGUACAAACCCAUCACUGACAGAGCUGGACCUGAGAUCAAACUCGCUUACGGACCGAUCUGUCUCCACUCUCCGUCACCUCAUACUGACCGUCCCAAGUCUGGCCAAUAUCGAACUGUGGAGCAAUCACUUCAGUGAGACUGGGGAGAUGGAACUGAAGUCUCUGCAGGAACUCAGACCCGGACUGACAGUGAACCUGUGAACAUCUGAAUGUGUGAAAAUCUGCACUCAAGGGAUGGGGACAUUUUGAUCGAUUCCUCACCAUCCCCUUUAAUGACAAUGCUUCAGAUUUAGUUCCCAGUGGUUUUAACGGGUCACGUUUCCAACCAAACACUCUCUGAUGUCGGAGGUGUUUCCGCAGGCAUGUAAUUCCCCUUUGGGACCAGCGGCGCUAUUUCUGCUGGAUGUCCCAGUACGAGAGUUCAUUUAAGUGAGGCCUUGGGGAAAUACACAGAUAGAAGGAGCCCGGUAGGGGGAAGGGAGCUCAGUCUGGCACACCAGUGUCUGGGGUGGAAUUAUCAUGAGAGAGAAUAGUUUUUGCUCACUAUGCUGAGGACAAUACAUUUAGGGGUCUGUCCAAUAUAAUGAUGUUAAAUAGAUAAAUACCUUGGUAGCGGCCCUGGAACUGCAGCGAUCUCGGACACUGUCCUGAAAUGUGAUUUUAUAAUGAUCUGAUCCCUGAUGCGGAGUGAUGGUGAGAAACAGGACUGAUCAUUCAAUCUGUUACUCGUUGUCGCUGGUCAGUUAAUUGUGUGUGACUCUGAGUGAAUCAGGAACAGCCUAUUUAUUCCCGCAAGUUAGCAGGUUACACGUUGUUUAAUUUACAUUUGUCAUGAUGAAAUCAAUAAACUGUUGUAGCUUCC